AUGGAGGACAAGGCCACAGAUGGAAGCAUCUACUGCUUCCUGGAGGUCGAGAUCAGUGGCGUGAAUAUUGGGCGCAUGAUAUUCAAGCUCUAUGAUAACAUUUGCCCCAAGACUGCAGAGAAUUUUCGGUGCCUGUGCAAUGGUGAACGAGGUUCCACAGAGUCAUACCCGGUUUCAUGGCACAGAACCAUGUCAAUGCGAACGGGGUAUAAGAUUCCGACAGAGAUGGACUUCCAAAGUGAACGAGCGCUGUACAACAUCCUGGAGCCGAGGUACCACUAUUUGGUGCCUGAGUGGAUGAAGACAGCCUCAGAUGCAGAGAAGCGGGGUGUCAUCAAGCUGGCCAGGAUUGCUGAGCCAAAGCUGCUGAAGGCGAUUGGAAGGCCAAGGAGUGACGCCUUCGAGCCAAUGCUGAAGGAACACAACUGGUACUUCAAGAGAGGCAAUCCCUGUGAUGAGCCCAAGCUCGACACAAUCGAGAAAUUUCCUGUCGAUGCUUCUGAAUAUCAGGUCCCAAGCUGGAUGCAUGAAGACCUUUAUGAAGCGGAACAGAUUCCCAAGCCCGGUGGUUGCAUCCUGAAGCUGAAGGACAGCAUCAAUAUUAUGCGCCAGAAGAACUGGACGAGAAACCAGGGCACGUAUCACAUGUUCAGUGGCUCUUUUGACGGUGCAACCACUACCGCCUCUUGCUACACCAUGGAAGCCAUUGGACUUGCCCCGCUGGCACAGCCGGAGUGA